GGUGUGUCAUGUGACUCCCCGGCUCAGCCAUGGCGGAAGCGGAGGAGCAGGAAACCGGGUCUCUUGAAGAAUCUACAGAUGAGUCUGAGGAAGAAGAGAGUGAAGAGGAGCCCAAACUGAAGUAUGAAAGGCUCUCCAAUGGGGUAACUGAAAUCCUUCAGAAGGAUGCCGCUAGCUGUAUGACAGUCCACGACAAGUUCUUGGCACUGGGCACACAUUAUGGCAAGGUUUAUUUACUGGAUGUCCAGGGGAACAUCACUCAGAAGUUUGACAUAAGUCCUGUGAAGAUAAAUCAGAUUAGCCUGGAUGAAAGUGGCGAACACAUGGGCGUGUGUUCAGAGGAUGGCAAGGUGCAGGUGUUUGGACUAUAUUCUGGAGAAGAAUUUCAUGAGACUUUUGACUGUCCCAUUAAAAUCAUUGCCGUGCAUCCGCAUUUCGUGAGAUCCAGCUGCAAGCAGUUUGUGACCGGAGGGAAGAAGUUGCUGCUGUUUGAGCGGUCUUGGAUGAGCAGGUGGAAGUCUUCAGUUCUGCACGAAGGAGAAGGGAACAUAAGGAGUGUGAAGUGGAGGGGCCAUCUGAUUGCCUGGGCCAAUAAUAUGGGUGUGAAGAUUUUUGACAUCACCUCAAAGCAAAGAAUCACCAAUGUGCCCCGGGAUGAUAUAAGUCUUCGCCCCGAUAUGUACCCCUGUAGCCUCUGCUGGAAGGACAAUGUGACACUGAUCAUUGGCUGGGGCACCUCUGUCAAGAUAUGCUCGGUGAAGGAACGGCAUGCCAGUGAAAUGAGGGACUUGCCGAGCCGAUACGUUGAAAUAGUGUCUCAGUUUGAAACUGAAUUCUACGUCAGUGGACUGGCACCUCUCUGUGAUCAGCUUGUUGUACUUUCCUAUGUAAAGGAGGUUUCCGAAAAAACGGAAAGAGAAUACUGCGCCAGGCCCAGACUGGAUAUCAUCCAGCCGCUUUCUGAGACUUGUGAAGAGAUCUCGUCUGAUGCUCUGACUGUGAGGGGCUUUCAGGAAAAUGAAUGUAGAGAUUAUCACUUAGAAUACUCGGAAGGGGAGUCACUCUUUUACAUUGUGAGUCCAAGAGAUGUUGUCGUAGCCAAGGAACGAGACCAAGAUGACCACAUCGACUGGCUCCUUGAAAAGAAGAAAUAUGAAGAAGCUCUGAUGGCAGCUGAAAUUAGCCAAAAGAACAUUAAAAGACAUAAGAUUCUGGACAUCGGCUUGGCAUAUAUAAACCACCUGGUGGAGAAAGGAGAGUACGACAUAGCGGCACGCAAAUGCCAGAAAAUUCUUGGGAAAAAUGCAGCACUCUGGGAAUAUGAAGUUUAUAAAUUUAAAGAAAUUGGACAGCUUAAGGCUAUUAGUCCUUAUUUGCCAAGAGGGGAUCCAGUUCUGAAACCACUCAUCUAUGAAAUGAUCUUGCAUGAAUUUUUGGAAAGUGAUUAUGAGGGUUUUGCCACACUGAUCCGAGAAUGGCCGGGAGAUCUGUACAACAAUUCAGUAAUAGUUCAAGCAGUUCGGGAUCAUCUGAAGAAAGACAGUCAGAACAGAACGUUACUUAAAACCCUGGCAGAAUUGUACACCUAUGACAAAAACUAUGGCAAUGCUCUGGAAAUAUACUUAACGUUAAGACAUAAGGAUGUUUUCCAGUUGAUCCACAAGCAUAAUCUUUUCAGUUCUAUCAAGGAUAAAAUUGUUUUAUUAAUGGAUUUUGAUUCCGAGAAAGCUGUUGACAUGCUUCUGGACAACGAAGAUAAAAUUUCGAUUAAAAAGGUAGUGGAAGAAUUAGAAGACAGACCAGAGUUGCAGCACGUGUAUCUGCAUAAGCUUUUCAAAAGAGACCAUCAUAAGGGGCAGCGCUACCACGAGAAGCAGAUCAGCCUUUAUGCUGAAUUCGACCGACCCAACUUGCUUCCAUUUCUCCGAGACAGUAUCCACUGCCCCCUUGAAAAGGCUCUUGAGAUCUGUCAACAGAGAAACUUUGUAGAAGAGACAGUUUAUCUUCUGAGCCGAAUGGGUAAUAGCCGAAGUGCCCUGAAGAUGAUCAUGGAGGAAUUACAUGACGUUGAUAAAGCAAUUGAAUUUGCCAAGGAGCAGGAUGACGGUGAACUCUGGGAAGAUCUGAUUUUAUAUUCCAUCGACAAACCACCCUUUAUCACCGGCUUGUUAAACAAUAUCGGCACGCACGUUGACCCAAUUCUACUGAUUCACCGCAUUAAGGAAGGAAUGGAGAUUCCUAAUUUGAGAGACUCCUUGGUUAAAAUCCUGCAAGACUACAAUCUGCAAAUUCUGCUUCGCGAAGGCUGCAAGAAGAUUCUCGUAGCUGACUCUUUGUCCUUACUAAAGAAGAUGCACCGAACUCAAAUGAAAGGCAUUCUGGUUGAUGAGGAGAACAUCUGUGAGUCCUGUCUUUCCCCUGUUCUUCCAUCAGACGCAGCUAAGCCCUUCAGCGCGGUGGUCUUCCACUGCCGCCAUAUGUUCCACAAGGAGUGCCUGCCUAUGACCAGCAUGAACUCUCCUGUGCAGUUCUGUAACAUCUGCAGUGCUAAGCACCGGGGACCAGGAAGUGCCAUUUUGGAGAUGAAGAAAUAGCCGAGUUCUGUUGGUCAGCCUCUUCCUCGCCGCUCUCUGAAGACCAUUUUUGCAGCAACAGAAGCUUUUGUUGACACCAGUGCUGUUAAGAGAUUUGUACAGGUUUAUGUCAUGCUUAAGAAAAGCUUCUUCCUCUUCUCCCAUUUACUAGGUGUUUCUCUUUGCAGUUGAUAAAGUUAGGGUUUUCCCUGUCCAUGCCUUGAUGGGGGGUUCACAGUCACUAUUUCAUCAUUUAUUUGUUUGACUCAUUAUUCAGGAAUGGAAACCCUAAGUCUUGGAGUUGGAAGUGACUUUUUAGGUCCUAGUAAAACUGUCCGGCUGUACUGUGGCCUGCGGAGAGUUGUUCCCAGCUGGCCGAGUGCAUCAUCACGGUGGCCAUCCAGCAGCUCCUUGGACCUUGUUUCCAUAUGCUCUGCCAGCAACAACUCUCAAAUUCUGGGUUUGGCUUUUUUUUAAUAUGUCAUCAGCUGUUAUCUUCUUAAUAGGCAUUGAAUGAUAUGUUAUGCCUGUUGUCACUGACUCACUCAGUGAUGUCUGGGAAUAACGAGAGCAGUGUGACGCUAUGCAGUUUUAUGUUGACUAACGACACGUUCUCUUUGUCCCGAUGACCAGCAGUGUCUGGCCCUGGCAGGCAUUCCGCGUUUGUUGAUUGAAUAAACAUUAGCUCUUCCCACUGUGAAA